AUGAUUGAGAGUGGAAAUAAUCGGUUAAAGCGAUGCAGUCAUCCGGAACCAUUAGAGGAAACAAUAAUUUUGAAUAAGCCGUUUGGUUUGAGAGUUGAAAAGAACACCUGGAAGAUAGUAUACGUGAAUCAGCAUAGCGCAGCAGCUAAUUUGGCAUUUAUUGGUGAUAUCAUUUUAUCAAUCGAUGAUAUCGAAAUCCAUGAUUCAGUGACAUUAGUGAGAACCAUGCAAAAGCCAACAACUCGGGCAUAUGUAAAACUUCGGCGAAAUGCUCAUUCUCAUUGUCAUCAUAUUCAAUCAACUGUUGAAAUGUUAAUAAUGAAACGUGAAACUAAACUGCUACGUGCUGUGAACGUUUACAGAAUAUGUGUUCAUGCGAACGAUAUGUUACCACAAGACGAGAGUGACUUGUUAGGAUUAUCAGUAUCGUAUGAUGCUCGAGAACGACUUCAAGUAGCCUCAACUAAAUGCUGGAGCCUUGCUGCUAUUCACUUACAUCCAGGCGAUACUAUUAAAGAAGUAAAUCAUCAUCCAGUUGCAUCAAAAUCUAUGUUGCAAUACUGGAUAUUGGCAAGCAUGGAGAAAAAUGGUUUCGUUGAAUUACUCGUUCAUAGUAAUGUCGAGCAAAAUAUUAUUUAUGACGAUGAACUUGAAAUGCCUGAAGAUGUGAUAGCAACACUACGAACAACAACGUCUUCAAGAAAACUUCAAAAAAUUUUAAGAAGUAAUCGAUCAAUUUCGAAGCACAAAAAAGUAGUAUCUAUCAGUGAUCAAAUCACUGAAUUUCCCAUUGGAAGUGAUUAUGAUCCAAAACAAUUGCAUAAAAUCAAAAAAGAUCGAGGACAGGACAAAGCAUUUAGUUGA